UCAGUGUCCAAAAGCACAACUUUCAUACAUUUCAACAGAUAUUGGGAAUAAGGAAGAGAUAUAAAGUCCGGCUGGUAUCUGGUUCACAGCUCGUUUUUCCAACUUACCUACUCCCCUUUCCUGACUCAUUGAUCACGUAGUAUUCUCCUCAAUCGUCAUGGCACCUCCAGCAUCUCUUACCACUAAACCUCUCAGCAGGACGGGACGACAAAUACCCGCUCUCGGAUUCGGAUUGAUGGGCCUGAGUGCGGUCUAUGGGCCUGUUGAGUAUAUUUCCCGUUCUAUAUGUUCUCAAACUCACAAUAGCGUUCAUACUGACACUCACUUCCCUAGCAAUGACGAAGAACGCUUGGCAGUUCUGGACCGUGCCUGGGAGCUCGGCUACACAAAUUGGGACACAGCCAAUGCCUACGGUGACAGCGAGGUCCUGAUCGGGAAGUGGUUCAAGCUACAUCCGGAGCGUCGGGCUGACAUAUUUCUCGCAACAAAGUUUGGACUGAGAGCCGGAGUUAACGAUAAGGGCGAGUGGAAAAUGUGGGCUGAUAAUAGUCCCGAGUUCUUCAAUGAGUGCCUCGAGGGAAGUUUGCAGAAGAUGGGCGUUGAUUACGUUGAUCUUUACUACGCCCAUCGUCUUGACACCAAGGUACCUGUCGAGAAGACGAUGGAGUUGAUGGCCAAGGCUAAGCAAGAUGGCAAAAUCAAAGCCAUCGGCAUCUCCGAAUGCGCCGCCAGCAAUAUCCGCCGAGCCUACGCUGUCGCCCCCGUCGACGCCAUCCAGGUUGAGUACAAUCCAUUCACAUUGGAUAUCGAGAAACAAGAUAUACUCUCCACGUGCCGUGAGCUUGGAAUCACCAUCUUCGCGUACUCACCUCUGGGUCGUGGCUUUUUGACAGGUCAGAUCAAGAGCAGUGAUGACUUUGCGCCUGACGACCUCCGCCGCAUGUUGCCUCGCUUUAGCCCUGAGAACUUUUCGAAGAACCUAGUCCUAGUUGAACGUCUUAAGACACUUGCAGAUAAGAAGGGCUGCACGUCGGGUCAGUUGGUGCUCGCGUGGCUGUCGGCGCAGGGCGAGGAUAUUAUCCCAAUUCCUGGGACGAAGAAGAUUAAGUAUAUGGAGGAGAAUGUUGGCUCACUAAAAGUGCAGCUCUCCAAGGAGGAGGUUCAGAAGAUCAGGGAUGAGGUCGAGAAGGCUGAGGUUGCGGGUCAUCGAAACCCGCCGGGUUUGUUCAAUGAGUAUUCGGUUACUGUUGAGCUUUGAGGUGUCACAUCCGGAUAGGGAUCCAUAGGAACAAGCCUUAGUGGAAAAGAAAUCCCAAACUUCAUCGGAGCCUAUCCCUUACAUAAAUAUUGGUACAUAUGCUAGCAAUUCCAAUGCCAACGAAAGUGAAGCAGUUGUCCCAAAAGAUCUGGACGGAUGGCG